AGGCAAAGGCAAGGAAGGGUUAUAAAAAGAAACACAGCACCUCCGUAGUGGAAACGGGGCGUAAAAUCUGACCCGAUUUCCCUCACGGAUCUUUGUGAAAUUGAAAACAGAAGCAAAGGGGGAUGGGAGAGACGAGCAGCACGAGCGUAGAUGAUGAUUUGCUUCUCAAAGCCUUCUUCGCUGAAAUCGGCGAGGCUGAGCGCGACAACGAAGUCACCAGGAUUCUUACGUGCUUCAAGUUGAAUCCUUUCGAGUAUCUGAACUUGCCUUUUGAUUCUACUCCCGAAGAAAUUAAAAAGCAGUAUCGUAAGUUGUCGUUGAUGGUGCAUCCAGAUAAGUGCAAGCAUCCGCAAGCAAAGGAAGCAUUUGGUGCACUAGCGAAAGCGCAACAAUUGCUACUUGAUCCUCAGGAAAGAGAAUACAUUCUGAUCCAAGUGACUUCUGCAAAAGAAGAACUAAAAGCAAAGAGGAAGAAGCAGUUGAAGAAGGACAAUGCCUCCAAGUUAAAAUCAAUGGUUGAUGAGGGAAAGUAUGAGCAAGAAUAUAUGAAGUCAGAAGAGUUCCAGAAUCAACUGAAGUUGAAGGUUCGGGAACUUUUAACAGACCAGGAAUGGAGACGCAGGAAAAUGCAGAUGAGGAUAUCAGAAGAGGAAGGUAGAUUAAAGAAGGAUGAGGAAGAAACAAAAGAAAUGUGGAAAAGAAAGCGGGAACACGAGGAACAGUGGGAAGGAACAAGAGAAAAUAGGGUUUCUAGUUGGAGAGACUUUAUGAAGGGUGGAAAGAAGGUAAAAAAAGGGGAGAUUCGACCUCCAAAACUCAAGACCGAAGAUCCAAACAAAACUUAUGUGCAAAGGCCUGUGAAACGAGGUUAAGCUUUCAUGUUCCCUACCAGAUGGCUAAAGUUGUCUAGAGAAGCGUGAUCUGGAACUGUAACAACUCAAUUAUGUAAAAGGGUAUAGUUGGUAGAUUUGCUGUUGAACGUAUGUCUUUUGUUAGCUUAUUUGCUAAGCAAAAUGAAAGAUGCUACAAAACUGAUUCUUGAUAAUUACUCUGUAAUGUGGCACUAGAUUCUUUUCAAGUAUCCUUGCAAAAGUUGAUUUUAUUUAUAAAAAAUAUCAAUGUACUUGAUUAUAGAUGGA